AUGUUCUCCCCAGCAUUGCGUUCAACUGGUGCCCAGAACCCUAGCUCGUCGAGCGGAGGCUCUGGUAGCGUGAAUGCUCCCCGUGCACGUCAAGUUCGCCCUCUCUCUGAUUUCUACAGAGAAGACGAAGAUGACGCCGGGGAUAUCAACAAUGAUCCCGAUCACGAAGGUGGCGAGGCAUUGUAUAUAGAUGAUAAUGUUUCAAGCCAUCAUAGUGAUGAUGAGAUAGAUAAUGCGGAGCGUCCUCAGGAAGAGGUUACUAAGCCCGUGAAAGAUGGAGCGCCUGAAAAGC